AUGGACUGGGGACUUGUGGUGAAUCAAAUAGGUGUGUGGGCUUCCUCUAGGGCUUUGUCUUCAAGAACCAUAUUUAUGGUUUUGUAUUUUCUGUUCGUGCUCGCUCCAUACUUCACCAGAGCAACAACCGAUGGAGUUCAGGCUAGAUGUGACUCUCACAUCUUUAAAAACGGAAAACACUUCCGUUCUUGUAUUGACCUUCCGGUGUUAGAUUCGUUUCUACACUUCAGUUAUGUUCCAGAAACCGGAGUGCUUGAAGUUGCAUAUCGUCACACCAACAUCGAGAGUUCCAGUUGGAUUGCUUGGGGGAUAAACCCUACGAGAAAAGGCAUGUUAGGUGCUCAAACUCUCUUGGCUUACCGUAACUCCACGUCUGGUUUUAUGCGUGCUUAUACUUCCUCAAUCAAGGACUAUUCGACUAUGCUUCAAGAAGGUCCUCUCAGCUUCCGUGUUACACAACUAGCCGCUGAAUUUCUUGAUGGAGAGAUGACUAUAUUCGCCACUAUGGCGUUGCCUUCUAACACAACCGUAGUUAAUCAUCUAUGGCAAGACGGUCCACUGAAGGAAGGUGAUAGACUUGGGAUGCACGCCAUGAGUGGAAAUCAUCUCAAAUCCAUGGCUACUUUGGAUUUGCUGUCCGGACGAGUCACAGCCACAAAAACAGUGAAUGGAAACAUGAUUCUUGUCAAAAGAGUCCAUGGACUGGUCAACGCGGUCUGUUGGGGGAUUUUUAUGCCCAUUGGAGCAAUGGCUGCAAGGUACAUGAGAACCUACAAAGGACUCGAUCCCAUGUGGUUUUACGUUCACAUCUUUUUCCAAACUACAGGUUAUGUCGUCGGUUUAUUGGGAGGAUUAGGAACUGCAAUCUAUAUGGCCAAGCACACUGGAAUGAGAUCUACGCCACAUACAGUGAUAGGGAUACUUCUGUUUGUUCUAGGAUUUCUUCAGAUACUUGCGCUCAAAGUAAGACCGGACAAGGAUCAUAAAUAUAGGAAAUACUGGAAUUGGUAUCAUCACACUAUGGGGUAUAUAGUGAUUAUUUUAAGCAUCUAUAACAUCUACAAGGGAUUAGCCAUCUUGCAACCUGGAAGCUCAUGGAAGAUUGCCUACAGUACCAUCAUUGGUGUCAUUGGAUUGUUUGCGGUCGUGAUGGAGAUUCUGCAAUUUAAAACUAGAUGGGGUGAUUUGUGGUGCAAGAAAUCCGAAGACCUAGAAGCUGAUCAAAGUGCUUCCAUUGAUGUCUAG